GACCCGUACAAUAACGUUGUGCGCACGGCGGUGGAGGCGAUGGCAGCGGUGUUCGGCGGCACUCAGUCCCUGCACACGAACGCGUUCGACGAGGCGCUGGGUCUUCCCACCGUCCACAGCGCACGCAUCGCUCGUAACACACAGAUCAUAAUACAGGAGGAGUCCGGGAUAACCAAGGUCGCGGACCCGUGGGGCGGAUCGUUCCUCAUGGAGACGCUGACGGACGAGGUUUACGAAGCUGCGAAGAAAGUGAUCGAUGAGGUGGAGGAGAUGGGAGGCAUGGCGAAAGCUGUCGCCAGCGGCAUGCCUAAGCUGAGGGUGGAGGAGUGUGCGGCACGGAGGCAGGCCAGGAUAGACAGCAACCACGAGGUCAUCGUCGGUGUGAACAAGUAUAAGUUGGAGACGGAGGACAGCGUCGAGGUACUAACGAUUGACAACAGUCAGGUGCGGCAGCAGCAGGUCGACCGACUCACACAGAUCCGCGGUUCCCGCAACGCCAAACAGGCGGCGGAUGCGUUGGCCAGCCUGGAGGCGGCGGCGCGGGGCGACGGUAACCUCAUGGAAGCAUCCAUCAUCGCAGCGCGCGCUCGCUGCUCCGUGGGAGAAAUCAGCGAUGCCAUGGAGAAGGUGUUUGGCAGACACUUGGCGAGCGACAGGAUGGUGAGCGGAGCGUACAGGAACGAGUUUGGAGAGAACGAAGAGCUAGAACAGUGCGUCGCUGCAGCCGAGGUGAGUGAGUCGCACAUACUAGAUGUCUUACACAAGAUAGAUUACUAG